AGCGAGUGAGUGAGUGGGCGCUUCUCUGCAUAGAAAUGGGGGAGAGCGGAUGAAUCUUCACUUCAAAGUACACCAGAAACACAAACUUUGCGCAACAUCGUCCACUAAUAAAAACCAAUCUGUCCCAAAGGCGGCGUGUGUUCAGCUGGGUAUCCCGGACAAAAGCAGCAAGAAAAGUCUAAAAACCGAGUGAUUAAUAAAGCUAGGACUACGUUUCGAGGCGGAUUGUUACUGGCUCCUGCUUGGGGUUGCAGAGCAGUGGGUUUUGAGUGCUGCCGAGUUGUCUAGAGUCGGUCUUUGACAAUCAAAACUUUUUUUUUUUUUGCCGAGUAUUUUUUUUUUCAUAAAUAAAAUCUGAGAUUGAGCUGCGCGCAGGGGCUCGGAAAAGGUUUUAGAACAUGUCUUCUAUUUUGCCUUUUACUCCCCCGAUUGUUAAAAGGCUUCUAGGCUGGAAAAAAGGCGAGCAAAACGGACAGGAAGAGAAAUGGUGCGAGAAAGCGGUGAAAAGUCUGGUGAAGAAGUUGAAAAAGACGGGGCAACUGGACGAACUGGAAAAAGCGAUCACAACUCAGAAUAUUAAUACGAAAUGCAUCACCAUCCCCAGGUCUCUGGACGGCCGGUUGCAGGUGUCUCACCGGAAGGGCCUGCCGCAUGUCAUCUACUGCCGGCUGUGGCGCUGGCCGGACCUGCACAGCCACCACGAGCUGCGGGCCGUCGAGAUGUGCGAGUACGCCUUUCACACCAAGAAGGACGAGGUCUGCGUCAACCCCUACCAUUACCAGCGGGUGGAGACGCCAGUGUUGCCUCCUGUGCUGGUGCCGAGACACACCGAGAUCCCCAAUGAGUACCCUCCUCUCGACGACUACAGCCAUUCCAUCCCCGAGAACACCAACUUCCCCGCGGGCAUUGAGCCCCAGAGCAACUACAUUCCAGAAACCCCACCGCCAGGCUACCUCAGUGAGGAUGGGGAGACGAGCGACCACCAGAUGAACCACAGCAUGGACGCAGGUUCUCCGAAUUUGUCACCUAAUCCAGUUUCACCUGCACACAGCAGUUUGGCAGACCUGCAGCCAGUCACAUACUGUGAGCCAGCGUUCUGGUGCUCCAUAUCGUACUACGAGCUGAACCAGCGGGUGGGGGAGACUUUCCACGCGUCCCAGCCCUCGCUCACCGUGGACGGGUUCACCGACCCCUCCAACUCUGAGCGCUUCUGCCUGGGCCUGCUCUCCAAUGUGAACAGAAACGCAGCCGUGGAACUCACCCGGAGACACAUCGGCAGGGGUGUCCGCUUGUACUACAUCGGGGGAGAGGUGUUUGCAGAGUGCCUGAGCGACAGCGCCAUCUUUGUUCAGAGUCCGAACUGCAAUCAGCGCUACGGCUGGCACCCAGCAACAGUCUGUAAGAUCCCUCCAGGGUGCAAUCUGAAAAUCUUCAAUAACCAGGAGUUUGCCGCUCUGCUGGCGCAGUCAGUGAACCAGGGCUUCGAGGCGGUGUACCAGCUGACCAGGAUGUGUACGAUCCGCAUGAGCUUCGUCAAGGGCUGGGGGGCAGAGUACAGGCGGCAGACUGUGACCAGCACCCCCUGCUGGAUCGAGCUGCACCUCAACGGCCCACUGCAGUGGCUCGACAAGGUGCUCACGCAAAUGGGCUCCCCCAGCAUCCGCUGCUCCAGUGUGUCGUAAGAAAAUCCCUCCCCCGCCCCAGACCGGAACACCUGCAAGAUGGAUCCCGCGUGGGGUCUGAAGAAUCACAACAUUGCUGGCUUCAUUCACUUUUCAAUGCCACUUCUGCCACUUCUCAAAGACUUGUUAGCACUUUCUGUGGCAAAAGCCAAGGGCAGAGUGCAUGGGAGACAGUACAGGUUAGUAUUGUUUCCUGGGGCCGGUAUCACAUGAUUAUUUUGUCUGGUUUUAUUUGUCUGUUAGUUGUUUUGUUUGAUAUAUGUUUUGGCAGGUGGUGCCAGAAGCAGUAGCAUGGGAGUAAUAUUCCUGAAAUAGCAGGAUUUCUGCUUUUCCUCUUUGAAUUGUACAGGUAGAGCCUUUUAGGGAAUAGUUUAUAACAGGAGCCGUUUGCAAUAAUGCUUGUUUCUUUGUAUUAAAAGAAAAAAAAAACAUUGAAGAUUUAACACCUUGAGUAAAAGGUUUAAUCCAUUUAUUAUUUUUUAGAUGGAGCAAAAAAAGAAAUGAAAAAGCUCACAUUUGUUUAUCUUAAUCAUAUCAAACAAACCAUUGCUUUCAUCUGAAAGAGUACACUGCAUUUUUACAUUCACACAAUGUGCAAAAGGGGAACAGAUUAAAAAAGUACCUUUCUUUUAUAAUGAUUGAUAGUGCUGAGAUUUCGUCCUGGCAGUGAGGCAUUGCAAGCUCAAUCCAGGGAGGGGUGGGAAUAAGACUCCCAUUGCAUAGCAGUGUGAUCCAUUCCACGUUCCACUAUUGAUUUUAAUCAGACACACCUGAGCUUGUUACCGACACACUGUGGCUAAUCAAGCUUGUAUUAAAACCUGGAAUGGGUUAAACUGCUAUGCAGCAGGAGUCUCGCUUCUGUCCCUGCAGUCUCUUAUGAUGACGCUGCGCUGGACAUUGUGUGUUUCAGCUUGGUAACUUGCUGCAGUGUGAAGGUGGUGGAUGUUAGAAGCUCAGUUUCACCCGCCCAUGUGAUGUCACAGGGCAUUGUUCCUGGGCUUCAGGGCUACAGCUUUACUGUGGGACACAAGCCACAAAUCACAAGGUCGCCCCAGAGCAUUCAGUCAUUAACUAACUACAUUAUCCGAUGCGUACCGAAUGCAUCUCAAAAGAACUGAACUUGACCAGAAGUAAAGUGCUGGUGAAUCAGCAACUGUGUAACAAUACAAGCAUGAAUACAACUACUGUAUGCAGUAGUGUUGUUGAAAUGUAGUUCUGUAUUGAAUUAAUUUAUUACUGAGCAGUAAUUUCUCCAAAUGCUUUAAUAAAGCAAUCUGUUUCAGCAAUGGUUUCUUUUAUUGACAGUUGUAAAGGAACCUGUAAAUACUGUAUAUAGACACACACUGAAUGAUUAUUUUUUCAUUACAUUUGAAAUGGAGGUGGCAUUUGGGAUUUCACCGUCACAAAGCAAUAGUUGAAAUUGAAUUAAAAGAUACGUUGUAUGAUAUUUAAUUAAGCAAAUUCACUGUAGAGGUUUGGAUCCUUUUUAAAUAUAUACAAAUUCUUAAACUAAACAAAAGAACAUAUCCAGAUCAAAGGAAAACUUAUUAACCCAAUUAACCUUAUUUAUUAAUAAAGAUCAAACCAUUAAUGUGUUUUAGUACCCUUUUAAUAAUUUUACAAUCUCGCUUUACAAAGCAAGUUCUAGAAUUGGUUAAUCUAAAUAUAUAAAGUGAUGUGUUUCCUGAGCUUGUUCCCCUAUAGUAUUUUUGUAAAGACUGUGCAGUGUGGAAUGGCUUUGUUUUGAAUUUGUACUGUAUUAACACUACAGAAAGGGAAUGAGGAUUGGCUCUCCUCUUGUCACUCCCCCUCCACCCUCUCCACAUUUCUAUCCUUCAUACAAACCCACUUUCCAGUACAGAAUGGAGAAAUCCACAGCCUUGCUACAGGUGUGUACAGUACAGCAGGUCUUAAAUUGAUAGCCUGCUAGAGGAGAUGCAAGCAACCAUCAAACUGAGGUGGUUCUUGAGCUUCGAGCGACACAUUGAAACAGGGUAGUGAGGGCCGGGCAAGUGGAAUUCCCCACCCCAUUGGAAUAGGCUUGGGAAUGAUGAGAGAAGAUCAGGUAUCCAUGUUGAGCUCAUUGCUCGGAGCUGGCAGUAUUAUGAAAUUAUACUGUUAUCUGUCUGUCUAAAAUCACAGCAGAUUAUCUGUGUGCUGUAGCAGGAUUGGGCAUUUUACCAGACCCGCGCUGAAUUCUCUUGUGUUUUAAAGAAAGAAAGAAAAAGACGUAGCGUCUGCAAGUCUGACAGAGACUUCGAGCAUUUAUACAUUGUAUUUUGUUAGCCGUUAUUUGUAGUUUGUAGAAAUGGUUGGAGAUUUUGGUACAAAAUAAUAAUAAAGGGGGAGGGGGUGAGGGAUGCCCUUGUGCUUUUUUUUUUUUUUGUACAGCACAAAAAGUGUAAAUGUUUUAAUAAAAGGGAAAUGAUUGAAUAUUAUAUGCAUGUAUAAUUUGUUAUUUUUUUUAAUGCUAGAUUUGUACACUCCAGCAUUGUACCGCCUCUCUCCUCCCCAGUGCAACAGUACAGCAAAUCCUACAGGUUUGAAGUUAUUAAAAUGAAGUGGCUGUAGUGGGUGAGCAAGGUGCUGCAGGAAUCCUUAUGAAAUGCUCCUAAUAGGAGCCCAGAUUACCUGCAGGGCUUUGAAUCCUGCCAGUCUCUCUGCUAAUGCACAAGACCUGGGAGGGGGAGGAGUGAGGAAUCUGCAGUGCUGGCAAUACUAUUCACAUGCAACUCCUCUGAGCCAGUGGGUGUCAUUCGGAGCUCAGGAGAACUGGUACAGGUGUUCAUUGCCGUUGGAGUGGGGAGGGGUGUGCAAUGUAGGUAACAGACUCCAUUUCACAGGCUAGCUCCUAUAAAACAUUCGCUCAGUUCUACCCAUUGCAAGGCUCUCCGUUACAGAGGGAAAUAACCAAGACUUUGAAAACCUCCUGAGAGAAUCAGUGAAGAAAUGCUGGGUCCCUCUACACCCAUCAUAGAGGGUAUUCUGACAUGUAUAUUAAGCUAUCACAGUUCACAGUUAAAGGAAAAUGUUUUGCCUUCAUGUAGAUUCAUGUAUAUUUGCAGAUAGCGUUUGAUUAGUUUAAAUUUUAAUAUUUUUUUUUUAUAAAGGUGCUUAGUUUUGUACUUUAUGCUUUGGCUUAUACUGCAUUUCACAGUUAGUUUUUAUAAUGACUGAUUUUUUUUUUUUUCCUGUAUAUGAAAUUUCUGUUUAAAAAUAAUAUGUAUUUGUUCUCCUUUUUUAAUAAAUCUUUUUUUUUUUUU